AUGGGAGCCUAUAUUAGCGUGAAUAUUGACCUUGGAAGACAUCCAGGAACUGGAGGUAGGACUUAUGAAGUAGCUAAGGGACACCGCAGAUAUCAAUCUGGUACUGAAAUUAUAAAUCUUUCGACAAAAGAAUCCCAAGAGUAUCCAGGGUAUAUAGAAGUCCAUCACGGAGUGAGAAUACAUUCAAUAGCUGGCAUUUAUAAGGGAAUUAUAAAAUUCACUGGGUUUGGCAGUUUUAGCAAAUGUAAAGAUGUCUAUGCUUACUAUUGGAAAGGUGAUUAUGAUUAUAGAAGGCCCCUAAUUAUAAAACUUGUGAAAAAAGGAUCAUCCACCUACUACUAUACCAAGAAUGGAGUUCACUGGAACCAAAACUUGAGUGAAAAAAUAUCCAAUGACCUCUUGAAGUACCUUGACAUACUAAAUUGUAGACAGUACGAUGUUCAUGUCGUGAACAUAUUUAGACAGGAAGGAUCUUAUAAAUGCUGUUCUCUGUGCAAGACUAAAAUUAAGGCAGAACAGCAACAACAUGAAUCAGAGUAUACCUUUUCCCGUCAAACUGUGCAGGGAUCAGUAACGAGAUUUAGGGAUAGAAAGAAAACACAAACUGGACUACCGCAUCCACUGAGAAUACAUAGCACAUACAUAUACUUUGAUCUUGAACAUAACAAAAAGCCACUUCUUCUGUAUAUAGAACCAAGAAAAGUGGGUCCAUCCUGGCACACACAUAUGGGUUUCAAGUGGUACAAGCGAGCAUCCAGUGAUAGUGAUGGGUGGAUACAAGUUGAUAAGGAACCAACAGGUCCACAUGACUCCGUUAGGAUUAAAGCAAUUCUAAGUGAAUACCUGAUUCUUAUAAAAGAUAGUGAAUCUGAUGACUAUGACUACGAGGACAAUCCAGAUGGAGAUAACGAAGAUUUGGGAGAUCUUACAUCUUUGGAGGACCCGUACGGUACUAUCCAACCAGAAAACAAAGAUGAUGAGUUAGACUUGGGUCCACCUCUUAUUCACAAAGAUUUAUUUGACCCAGUAAUUAAACCAGGCCUUGAUUUUGGUAGAAAGGUCAUUGACGUACUUUCAACGCCCAUUAUUGCAAUAAGAAUUGAUAGUAGAGGUCCUUCAUAUUAUUCCCAGAUCCUCGAUCGCUCUGUCAAAGUUUCUCCCGAAAGACACCUAGAAGGGCGUCUAAAUGGAUUCAUGGAAUACCAGCAUUCCCUAGAUGAUAAGACUGAAUGUUUUACUGUGAGUGCAUUCAAAUAUAAGUUUGAGAAUGUUAUUGGAUUUCCGUUACCAAUCUACAAAGUUAUUUGCGUUUCCGUCUAUUAUUGGUCUGCCCUAGAGAUACCUACUAAGGAAGCUAUCAGUAGACCCCUUCUCGUAAAAAUUACCCAGGAUUCUGGUGGUAAAGAAGCCAUGGAAUCUUACUACGAAAACGUUGGUUCUAAGCCCGAUGACAACAUACAAUGGACUGAAUGGUGCCCAAGCAAUAAAUGUUCAGAACUCCAAAAGAAGCUUAAACUUCUCAACUGUCGACUUAACAAUGCAGUGAUAAUAGAUAUUAGUCAGAAGGAGAGUCUUGGCUACUAUGAUGCUUGUAAGGAUACCAAUAUGGAUCCUCAACAUGGUAAUGAUAGAAUGCAAGUUAAGAAAGAUGAUGAAUCUGGUAAAUUUCUUGAAAGUUACACUGUUUAUACUCACUCUCUUAAGAAUUAUGGUGGAAAGUUUCAUGUACUGUCUUUUAAGAAUGAGUCCCAUGAGAUAUCUAUUGGGCCAACUACUAUUUUUUCACCCAUUCUUGAUGUUGAAGAAGUGAGAGUUUACACCUGCGAGCAGGAAAAGAAACCGCUGUUGGUAUAUAUAAAGACUAGUACUAGGAUGAAUUUCAGGAAAUGGUAUCAAAAUAUGAAUAGAAAAUGGGUAGUAGUUUCUAUUAAAGAUCCUCCAUUAAUUCCAUCUUCCCAUGAACAGAUCCUCACUCUGCUUGAUACUCUAACUAGCACUUGUGCACCUCCAAAGGUGACAAUUGAUAUAUCAAAGAAAGACACUACUAUAGGAUAUGAAAGUCCUGAGUUGCCCGGUGAGAGGAUAAAGAUUGAUAAGACUCCAGGUUCAGGAGCAUCUGAUGAUCUUCCCACCAACUAUGACCUCUACAAACAUACCGUUGAAAGUAGGAAAGGAAGUUACUUUACACUUUCUGGACUUGUUUAUAAAGGAGUGCAAAACAAGAUACAUGUUAUACAGGAGACUCAUAAUGUCACUUCAGUCUCAGUGUAUUAUUGGUCUCAUCUUCCUGAAGAGGGGAAGCCUCUACUUAUAAAGAUUGAGAAACUGAAACAGAAAAGCUGUGGGAACGAUUCUUCUAAUAUUAAGACUGAUUGGUAUGAAAACACUGGAACUGAUUAUAAUAGGAACUGGAAAAAGGUUACAGAACCUCGUGAUCCCGAGACAGCUUUUAAUACUACAGAUACCCUGGGGAAAAAGCUCGAUUUGUUGAAUUGUAAACUUAACGGUGUAACUGUAAUUGACAUAUCUAAGAGGCCUUUUGGCCUAGAUAAGGAUACUACCAUUACAUAUUGUCAUAAAAUAAAUUCCUAUGAUUACAAUACUUUGGACCCUUCACACGCUCCACUCAUUAAGGUCACAAAUGUCACUAGCAGUUACUCUCCUAAUGCACUAGGAGACUUUGUUGUAUACAAGCAUGAGAUUAACGAUAAGUAUAAGCAAAAUAACCAUCUUGGUGAUAAAAAUAGCUUCCAUAUUUCUGGAUUUUAUAAGGGGAAUUCCUCCAUUAGCAAAAUUUCAACACCAAUGCUUAAUGUUCCAAGCGUCUUUGUAUAUUAUUGUAGUCUUAAGCCAGAUAUAGGAAAGCCACUUUUGAUCUACUUUGAGCACAGUAUAUCUGGUGGAGAUUCCACCAAGGUAUGGUACAAGAAAGUUCCCAAUAAGGAUGAUUGGAAGAAAGUUUCCGGCGGUGAAAUACCUAACAAUGACAAAGAUACCAGUAAAACCUUCACCAUCUUGAACAGCUACAAGACUCUCUGUCAGAUUAGAUGGUGGCUCUACAUUAUAUCUGGUGCUUUAUUUCUGGGAGGAGGUGGUAUAAUAGGUGGAGCAGGAUACUACGUCCUAAAGAAGUUCUUUGGAGAUCCAUUGGUCCGUUUGAUCUAG